CCCCUGAAGCUGACCUGUGAGCUCUGCAGCAUCGUGUCCAGCUCGGGUCAGAUGCUGGGCCAGGCGGCCGGCCCGCAGAUCGACCGCUCGCCGUGCAUCUGGCGCAUGAACAACGCUCCGACCCGGGGGUUCGAGCCCGACGUGGGCCGGCGCACCACGCUGAGGGUGGUCUCCCACACCAGCGUCCCCCUGCUGCUGCAGAAGCCCCAGUACUUCUUCGGGCAGGGCAACGACACCAUCUACGUGGUGUGGGGGCCGCUGCGGAACAUGAGGAAGGACGGGAAGGGCAUCGUGUACAACAUGCUGCGGCAGGCGGCCGAGAACUACCCCCACGCCCGCAUCUACGUCACCACGGAGGACAGGAUGAACUACUGCGACAUGGUCUUCAAGAAGGAGACCGGGAAAGACAGGACGGAGGGAUACAGGAAGGUUCCCUAUCACUACUACGAGGCCGGCAGCCGGGACGAGUGUGCAGAGUACGUGCUGCACGAGAGCGCCCCCUACGGAGGACACCGCUUCAUCACUGAGAAGUCAGUGUUCGCCAAGUGGGCCAAGCCUCACGCCAUCAAGUUCUUCAACCCGCCGUGGCAGCUGUCGUGA